AAUAAUAACAGCAUUAGAAAAUAUAGUAGAGAGAUUACCUUUUAUACCAGUAAAGUUCAAACAAAUCACUCAUAUGCCAGUAGGAUUUUUAAAGUACUAAUGAGAAUUUACAUUAACUCAAAGAGCUUCAUAAAAAUAACCAACUUCAUUUGUUAAUGUUCUUUAUUAUGUAUGGAAAAUCAGAGAAAUCACAUAAUGCACCAUUUUUCCAGGUAUCACCUAUAUCCUCUCAAUCAUUAUCUUCACCAUUGUCAUCGAAGAAGUCCAAUCAAACAAUAGUGAGUGCGAAAAAAUUACACAAUCCAUUGGAUAAUGAAAUCUUUCUAAUACAACCACCGAACACUACUGUUUGUAUUGGUGACAAUAAUCAUAAUAAAAAUGAGGAUUUUCAACACAUUGUAUGUCAAACAGUAAACAAGAAAAAUGAUAAGAGAAGCACUAAAGAGAAAAAUAAUUGUCAAAAAUCGUCUUUGUGUAGUCGACUUUUUCCUUGUUGCGUUAGUAAACAGUCUAAACCAGCAAAAAAUUCUUCUUUUUUUACUAGACCAAAUGAUAACGACGAUGAUUGUGACAAUAAUGAUAAUCAUAAAGAUACUGGGAAUAAACGAAAACUAAUCACUGAGUCACCGUCUACAGAAGUUGAUUAUUUAGAUAAUUCAGAUGAAGCUACUUUAAGAUUAAAGGAUUCCUUUAGGACCUAUGAAGAACGUCAGAAAUACAAAUCUAUCAUUCAGGAUGCUCCAUUGUAUCAAAUAUAUACAGAGAAGGCUUCAAUCAGUGAAUCAAUACGUGAUGCACGAAGACUUUUAGCUCUCGUUCAACCUGGCUCUUUGGAUAAUCCAUCAAAUAAUUUAAAAUUUGAUGAUGAAUUAUUUACUGCAAUAGAUGGUGAUGAAUCCGAUCCAAAUAAUCCGUAUUCACAGAAAGUACCUGGUAGUUUGACAGAUAGUCAGCAAUCAUCGAUUCGUAUGAAAAAUUCUGAGCGAAGAGAUUUGCCAUUUCAUCCACAGAAUAGCGGCUCUUCCUCAUUCAGAUCAAGGAAUAGUGACUCACUGAAAACCUCUUCAGUUAAGCGCGCUCAUUCAAAUUCUAAUGCUAGUGAAAGAAGUGGAAAGCAAAAUUUUAUUUCUAAGCCGCGAAGACAGACUCAAGAAGUUCAGAGUUUCGUGAAUGAAGUUGCUGGAACUGGACCUAAUCGUGUACAGUGGUCUGAAAUGCCUCAAGUGAUCAGCGCAGGUUUGGCCAGGGACCUACCUGAUUAUCAAAAGAAGUUGCAAGAGGCACUGUUUGAAGUUAUAACUUCAGAAGCGUCUUACUAUCGAACCCUGCAUAUUUUAAUAGAAAAGUUUUAUAAAGCUCAGUGUAUGCAGCCAGAUUCUAAAACGUCUGUUAUAACAGCUAUUGAGAAGCGACACUUAUUUUCAAAUAUAUCGGAAAUAUUUUUCACUAGUGAAACAUUUCUUCGAGAUAUGGAAUUAUAUUUUAUUCAAAAUCCACUGAUACCUCAAUUGUGUGAAAUUAUAUAUGAACAUACUGAGAAUCAUUUUGAAAACUAUGUAAAAUAUGUACAAAAUCAAAUGUACCAAUUAAGAACACUAACGAAAUUAUUAUCUUCUCCUGCUUUUGUAGAAGCUGUUCGCUCAAUACAGCAACAACCAAGCUGUGGAUUCCUAGAUCUUAAUUCCUUCCUAUUACUUCCAAUGCAACGUGUUACACGUCUACGUCUUUUAUUGACUGCUAUCUUACAUUAUGCUCCUAAAAACGGUGUUACGUAUCAAAGUGGUUUGGUAGCCCUUGCGUCUAUAGAAAAACUUAUAAGUAAAUGUGAUUCAGAAAAAGCUCGUAUGGAACAAAAAGAACGUCUUGUAGAAAUUUGUAGAAGAUUAGAAUAUAAAUAUGAUGCAAAGUCUUUGGCUACGGAAAGUCGGACGCUUGUAAAAGAAGGUGAUCUACGUCUUUUAACAAUGACCAAUGUACAGGGUAGCGGAUUCCACCGUCGUUUCAGCAGUAUUCGUAAACCCAAAGCAGCAAUAGCAACUCUAUUUCUAUUUAGUGAUUACUUAUUAAUUACCAAAAAGCGAAGUAAUCAGCAUUUGUUGGUUGAAGAUAGUUGUUCGUUGAACUAUAUUCACGUGGAGGCCCAAAAUGCCUUACGGAAUUGUUUCAUACAUCAUUUCUGCCGAUCUGGGGAUCCCAAAUUAAAUGCACAAUUAAGACAUGUGACUUAUGUAAAAACGUUGAGUCUUCCUAAGCAAACUGCUACUGAAAAAGGCAACGUAAAUAAUCAAAAACCACGAAAAUUUUCUACAGGUACAAAUAAUGCAGAUGUUGGGCUCAAUGUAUUUUCGUUUCUUCUAGUAAUAGAAGGCCCUGAUCAUCCACGUGUUCAGUACGUGUUCCAAGCAGAAACACUUUCGAAAAGAGAACGAUGGUUGGAUGGUCUUUCAUGUGGUCGUCAUGGUAUCCCUGAAAAUCUAGGUUCGGACAUCUGCGAAUGUCCUCAAGUACUCAUCACUAAAUCUUAUUCUGCUAUUGAAUGUGAUGAACUAGAAUUAAAAGAGGGAGAUCAAGUUAAUGUGCUUGUCAGCUUAUCAGAUGGCUGGCUCAAAGGAGCAUUACCUGACGGUAGACGUGGAUGGUUUCCAAGUCAUAUUUGUACUGAAGUCAAAGACUCAUCAAUGAAACGUGAAAAUAUGAAAAAUUUUAUGCUUAUGGAAGAAGCUAAAGCAGCCUACAGCGUGAGAAAAAGCCGUGAAACAUUUGAUGGUUUUCCUAAAAUGAAAGAUAUUCAAAAUAGUAAUCGAGACUUAGGAAAAAUUAAACCAAGAUAAUACAACAUAUAUAAAGAACGAUGAUGAACUACAUAGCUAGUAAACGAAAUUAUGUUUUUAUUUUACUCUUUUCUCUCUUUUCAAAACCUUUCUUUUCUCAUACUGAAUGACCAAGAUGGAAUACUAGACAAAGUGUUGCCUAGCAAUAAUCCUAGGAAAAUCAUAAUCUUACUUGCUUUUUAUUUUUAAAUAAACAAUAACAAAUAACAAUCGCUGUUCACCAUUUACUUCUUAAUGAAUACAGCACUCAAAGAGUAUAACAAAUAUGACCAUCUUUAAACUUGUAAAAUUUCUGUUAAUUUUAAAUAUUUAAAUGUGGAACUUUUUCAAAAUAUUCCAACUGAAUCAAAUCCAUUAUCAGAAAUCGGACUUUAAUUAUGUACAAACUUUCAGUUUUUAAACUUUACGAUUUUGAUAGGUCACUGAAACUGUUUUACUAGUAACCGAGAAUCCCCUCACACUAAUCUUAUUGAUGAAUUAUAGUAAUUCUUUUUACGAGUAACUACUAUUUGUUCAGAAUUCUUAAAAAUAACGAUAUGAAAAUAUUUAUAAUCCUAUAAUAAUUUGGAUAGUAAGUAAUAAAUAAGUAUUUACAACCAGGAUAGUAAGUAAUAAAAGGUUUACAAGUGUUUGUUUACAAAACAAACAGCUUCAACGUUUACAAUCACCGUGACCAUAUGCAGGUCUUUGUGAUAUUUGUUCAUUUAUCAGUUGGAUGUUCUCAUACCUUUAUUUCUAACAUCAUUUCAUAUUACGUGACUAAACUUUAUUCGUACGCGUAUAUGAUAAACAAGCCUCACGCCAUGUUAACAAAUUGACUGUUACUGUAUAAACACUUAUCAGGUCUAUUUUACCUCUAUAAUACUAAGUUAGAAUCUAUUCUUACUUGAAAAGCUUAACACUUUCUAUGUACGCGAUGGAAUUGAUUACUUUUAUUCUCAUGACACUUAAGAAAUUAUGCAAAUCCAUAUACGGAUAAGCGCGUACACUAGUAAACUGAUGUUUAAAUCAAACAACAAGCAUAGAAGACAAUGAAACAGUUAAUAUCUGCCAGUCAAUUAAGGUUUCAGUCAUAAACCGUGACAGAUACCUAGCUUUUGAUACUUUUAAUGACCAAUAAUGACUGAACUACGUUUUUCCUUAUAAAUAUAUUCCUAUAAUA